UUGACCGCCUUACAGAUACAUUGGAUUUCAUGAAAACAAUUGGAGCAGAUGUACCAUUCUCUCCCAUGACUAGCACAUUAAACAGCAUUGAUUUGUUUAUGUCACAUGAAGGAUUGGUACUUGAAUAUGAACAGUGCAUGACACGUUUGUUGAAAGAUCCAGAAACUGGAAGUCCAAAGUGGUACAAUGUUGGCGCACAUUUCUUAUGGGUAGGUGAUAGGACUAGACAACUUGAUGAAGCGCAUAUUGAGUAUUUUCGUGGAAUUCGUAAUCCUAUUGGUGUUAAAGUGGGUCCCACCAUGCAACCAGAAGAACUUAAAAAAUUAUUGAAUAUAUUGAAUCCUGAUAAAGAGACUGGAAAG